AUGUUUUCGGCUGCAGUGUAUUUUAUAGAUUCUCCGGGCGUUCUUUUCCCAACUCGACCAGAGGAAGGGACCAUUUGGCUCCGCAAGGGUGCGGCUCGGUUCCGGUCUCUGGACUAUUCGGAGCGCAACGGCUACAUCAAGGGCGUCGUCACCGAGAUCCUCCACGACUCGGGCCGCGGUGCUCCCCUCGCCAGGGUGCAGUUCCGCCACCCGUUCCGUUUCAAGCACCAGAAGGAGCUGAUGGUGGCGGCGGAGGGCAUGUACACGGGGCAGUUCGUGUACUGCGGCAAGAAGGCCACGCUCAGCAUCGGCAACGUGCUGCCCGUGCGCGCCAUGCCCGAGGGUACCGUCUGCUGCAACCUCGAGCAGCACGUCGGUGACCGCGGCGCCAUCGCUCGCGCGUCCGGUGACUACGCGAUCAUCGUGUCGCACAACCCCGACAACGGCACCACCCGUGUGAAACUCCCGUCUGGCUCCAAGAAGGUUAUUCCGUCCUCUUGCCGUGGCAUGGUGGGGCAGGUUGCGGGCGGUGGUCGCACUGAGAAGCCGAUGCUCAAGGCCGGUAACGCGUACCACAAGUACCGCGUGAAGCGCAACUCGUGGCCGAAGGUGCGUGGUGUGGCCAUGAAUCCUGUGGAGCAUCCCCAUGGUGGUGGUAACCAUCAGCACAUUGGUCACGCGUCCACCGUGCGCCGCGAUGCGCCUGCCGGGCAGAAGGUUGGUCUCAUUGCUGCCAGGCGUACUGGUCGGCUCCGCGGACAGGCUGCCGGUUCGCUCAAGAUGGAGAAGGCCGCUUAA